GGUUGAACUCCGUCGAAGUUCCGAUGCCGCCGAAGCCGGUAAGCAAUCCUCCAGCUGUGGUGGAUUUAACCAGCAGCGACGAUGAGGAGCCUGCAGCGAACACAGUUUCAAACAAACUAGCGUCGAAUUCUCAGACGAGACUCCAAGAGCGCCGAGGCAGUUCUACGCCGGUUUUACUAUCAUUAUCGGAUGAUAAAGCCGCUGAUAGCCGCUGUUUUUGGAAAGCUGGAAAUUUCGACGUCAGUCUUACCGCAAGGCCUAUGCCUGCUGCUGAUGGAGAAUUGGAGCAUGCCCGAGUUCAUCCGAAGUUUCUUCAUUCCAAUGCUACUUCUCACAAAUGGGCGUUUGGCGCAAUUGCUGAACUUCUGGAUAAUGCUGUGGACGAGAUACACAAUGGGGCAACGUUUGUGAAGGUUGAUAAAGUUGAUAUAAUGAAGGACAACUCUCCAGCUUUACUUUUCCAUGACGAUGGUGGGGGAAUGGAUCCUGAUGGCAUCCGGAAAUGUAUGAGUCUGGGAUAUUCUUCAAAGAAGUCAAACACAACAAUAGGACAAUAUGGGAAUGGAUUUAAAACAAGCACCAUGCGACUUGGAGCCGAUGCAAUUGUUUUCACUCGUGCGAUUCAUGGAGGCACUGCAACUCAAAGUGUUGGCCUUUUAUCCUACACCUUUCUACGGAUGACCGGCCAGGAUGAUGUUAUUGUUCCAAUGAUUGAUUUCGACAUUUCUGGACAUUGGGCAGAACCAAUAAUUAAUGGCUCUCAAGAUGAUUGGUCUUCUAAUUUGAAAACUAUCCUCGAAUGGUCUCCUUUUGCAUCAAAGGAGGACCUCCUGAUACAGUUUGAGGAUAUUGGACGUCAUGGAACAAAAGUUAUUAUAUUUAAUCUCUGGUUGAAUGAUGAAGGCAUUUAUGAAUUGAAUUUCGACGACGAUGAUGAGGACAUACGGUUGAGGGAUGAAGCUAAUCAAGGAGGUUUGAGAAAACUGCGUAAAAGCGUUGCUGAAUUGCAAUCACAUAUUUCUUAUUGUAUCCGCUAUUCGUUACGGGCAUAUAUUUCAAUAUUAUAUCUGAAAAGAUUUACGAACUUCAACAUCAUCCUGAGGGGAAAGCCAGUUAAGCAGCGGUGUAUUGCAGAUGACUUGAAGUAUUCAAAAGUAGUUAUAUAUAAGCCUCAAAUACCCAUAGCCAAAGAGGUCUCAGUGCAUACAACCAUUGGAUUUAUAAAAGAGGCACCAGCUCUUGGAGUUUGCGGGUUCAACGUGUAUCACAAAAACCGACUUAUUAUGCCAUUCUGGAAAGUUACUGGUGAUGGCAGUUCAAGAGGGCUUGGUGUUGUGGGAGUUCUUGAAGCAAACUUCUUAGAGCCAGUGCAUGACAAACAGGGAUUCGAGAGAUCGUCUGCAUUUAUCCGGCUCGAAACUAGGCUGAAACAAAUGGUAAUGGAGUAUUGGAGAUCUUGCUGUCACUUAGUGGGACAUAAUCCUCCAGGUAUACAUAAUCUGCAGAAGGAUCGGGCUAAUAGCCAAGCGUCCAUUCGACCUGCCGCUAACAUUCAGAACAAAAUGGCCAAGGAACAAAAUGAUGGUCUCCCCAAAGGUUCCAACGAAGCACUGAACACUACCCAAGAUUCUGAUGUCUCAGGAAAGUCUUUUGUUGAUCGUAUCUGUGAAGAGAAUAUUGAACUAUUUAUGAGGUGCGAAGAACAUGCGAAGAACGAAAUUGAAUUGCAAGAACUGGUUGACAGCUUAGAGAAGGAGCUGAAGGAAGCCAAAAGGAAACACGCUCAGCUAUUGCUAGCUGUGGAGGCCAAGAGAAAGCAAAAGAAUGUAAACUAGCUGACUGAAACGCUCCCCGACCGAGAACGUCGAACAACUGCAAUGCACCACUGUUAAUACAUCUAACCUCUCACCUUGCCUCCUCCUGAUGCACCUUUUAGACUCAUGAAGGUCCACGGAAUCUGGAAGAAGUCUGCAGCUAAUGAACCAGACGAUUGCUUUUGGUUGCUUGAAUGCAUUUUGGUCAGAGCCUUUGUGGGGGAGAGAAAUUUCAUCUUUUGCUUUUUGUUUGAAUUAAAGAUCCCUACCAUUGUUCUUACAAUGUAAUGAUUUGUUCUUUCUUCUUCGGAAAUCAUGAUGUUUA